AUGGGUGACCACUGUAUGGUAAUUAGUGGUGAAUGGAAGUUUUUGCCUGACGGGAAGUGGGAUUUCGUUAUCGACAAGCAACGCAUGUCGCGUGUUGUUUCAUUCGAGAAUGGGAUGAGCAUUGGUGAUUUGCGAAAAAACGUCCUACAAGAAUUCUUCGCCGAUGGCGGCUCCGACAUCAAUGUCGAACUAAGCUACUGGCCACCUAACACUACCGAGCUCGCGACGGGGAUUACAACGCCUCCUGUCAUGGUAACAAACGGGGCUGCGAUUUCGUACUUCUGCAAGCAUUACUCCGUCAAGAAUGCAAUGAAUUUGUUUGCCACAUUCGUCAAACGCGGUACCUCUCAAUCAGCCGCCGAACCCGGCGGGUCUUUUGAUGGCUUUACAACACCCAAGCCGCCUCUCAAAAGAACCCGCUUAAGCGAAGACAUAUCCGGCGAGGGCCUGUUUGGUCUCGGCCUUGACAAUCUCGGGGAUUAUUGUUCAUCUGUUGCCUCCCGGAAACUCCCUGCGGAUAUAGACGACGAUAUACUUGCUCGGCAUAUGGAGUCAGUGGAGAAUGCUAUCAACAACGGUAGUCACACCGCAGAAGACUUGUACGACUUGCACACCACUUCCGAGAAGACUGUACAAGAUGUUAUGGACGAGUUGAAAAGCGAAUCUAGCCGCCGGGGAUACACCUCCGAAGACCUGAACACUGACGAGGAGGACACUGGACAGGAUACCUGGGACGACUUCGACGUCCGACCACUAGGAAUAGACGAGGAGUUCUGGGAACCGCUUGUAGAUGAUGUUUACGGUGGCUCGGACGCCGCCGACUACAUGUGCUCAACAGACGAUGACCCCAACAGAGACGGUCCUCGCGUUUACCGAUGCUCCACUAACGAUGCUUUUGACCACACUGUAAUACAAGGAGGUGACGGAGUCGGCUGGAAGACUGAAGGAUGUAGUGGAUCUUCGACGUCGUCUGGAAGUAGCGGUCCAGGACACGCCGCCGGGGGAGGAGGUUUCCCAGGUGAGCAUGGACAGCAUAACAUGGACCCCGAUAUCAACCGCCGUACACCAAACAACCGGACUGUGGACGGCGAACACGACAUACCUUCUUCUCACGCUGCUACUCCGUCCAGCCGGCCGACACACACUCCUACAUCGGCCAGUAAACACAACGAACCUAAUGCGUGGAUGGGAGUCCAUGGUCAAAGGGCGAAUACAUGUCCACAGUCUCUUGGAAGCAUUGACGACGAGGAAUUUGAUAUCCCUCCCCUGUUCGACGACACAUUAUAUGAGAGCGCUGAUAUCCCUAACCUGGACAUCGACGAAAUGGGCGGUGAUGUUGCAGUUGGGAAAGUUUACUCGAGCAAGAAAGAUUGCCAAGUUGCUCUAGCCAUCCACGCGAUAAAGAACAUGUUUAACUUCCGGCAAACCACAACCAAGAGUAACUACUUUGUCGUUAGUUGUACCGACGAACGUUGCGAUUGGAGAGUUCUAGCUGUUCAGGUUAAGUAUUGUGGCUAUUACGAGAUUAAGAAGGCGAACUUAGAGCAUACGUGUUGCAUAGAAACUAGAAGCACGUUUAAGAAGAGAGCCUCAUCUCGUGUUAUAGCGCAAAAUAUGGGGAUCCUAUCAAAGGUCCGCGUGCAGCCGAUUUGCAGCAACUAG